ACUAUGCACAAGCUAAAUAAAUAUCACAGGGAGCAGAUUUAAUGCCCACCGAGGCUAGCGGUCUCAGCGGACGUUUCUGCGUAUGUUUAGUGCCAGCCAAGCCGCAAGCUCUGUCAGGCAGCCGGGCCCGCAGGGUUCCUGGCAGGUCGUGGAACCCUCCUCCCGCACUGGGGCUGCAGGGGCGCGUGGGGCCCCGGCGGCAGUCGGGGGCAGGGAGGAAGGCAGUGCGCCUGCGCACGUUGGCCUGUGCGGCCAGGCCGGAUAUCCGCUGCAGGGCCAGGGCGCCGGGUGCACGGACAUGGCGGCGGACUUAGAUGGUGGCCCGAGGCCGGACGUCGGGGCCCAGCGGGCAGAGCUGGGGCCGCUGCUGGGGAUAGCUCUGAGGCCGGGCGAGUCCUGGUAUUUGAUUGACAGUCGGUGGUUCAAACAGUGGAAGAAGUAUGUGGGUUUUGACAGCUGGGACAUGUACAACGUGGGUGAGCCUAACCUGUUUCCUGGACCCAUCGAUAACUCUGGACUCUUUGCAGAUCCAGAAAGACAGACCUUAAAAGAACACCUCAUUGAUGAGCUGGAUUAUGUGUUGGUUCCCACUGAAGCCUGGAAUAAGCUAGUGAACUGGUAUGGCUGUGUAGAGGGGCAGCAACCUAUAGUAAGAAAAGUGGUGGAGUACGGUCUGUUUGUGAAGCACUGUAAAGUAGAAGUUUAUCUCCUCGAACUGAAGCUGUGUGAAAAUAGUGAUCCUACCAAUGUGUUGACCUGCCAUUUCAGCAAAGCAGACACCAUCGCUACCAUUGAGAAGGAAAUGCGACAGCUGUUUAAUAUCCUCAGUGAAAAGGAAACUAGGUUAUGGAGCAGGUACAUGAGUAACGCCUAUGAGCAGGUCAGCAACCUGGACAGCACUGUACAAGAUGCAGGGCUCUAUCACGGUCAGGUGCUGUUAAUAGAAGUGAAGAAUGAAGAUGGUACAUGGCCCAGGCAGUCUCUUCCUGCAAAAUCAAGCACUGCAACUAGCAGAAAUUUUACUACUUCAGCAUCAUCAGUAAAUUCUUAUUCCUCAAUGUCUGUCUCUUCUGCCAUUGCAAAUGGUGAUAGCAAUAACUCCUAUGAACUGACGAGCUCCAGCCUUGGCAGGGGAGUCUCUGGCUUCUCCUACAACUCCUACAGCUGCAGGGAGUCCACUUCCCAGUCACAGCCCGGCAUCUGUGGGCUCAGUAACCUGGGAAACACCUGCUUCAUGAACUCUGCGUUACAGUGUUUGAGUAACACCCCACCUCUGACUGAGUAUUUCCUGGAAGAUAAAUAUGAGGCUGAAAUAAAUCAUGACAAUCCUCUGGGGAUGAGAGGAGAAAUUGCAGAAGCAUAUGCAGAGCUUAUUAAGCAGAUGUGGUCUGGGAGACACUCUCACGUGGCGCCACGUAUGUUCAAAACCCAGGUUGGCCGUUUUGCCCCUCAGUUCUCAGGGUACCAGCAGCAAGAUUCUCAGGAGCUCUUGGCAUUCCUCCUGGAUGGCUUGCAUGAGGAUCUGAACCGAGUGAAGAAGAAGCCCUACUUGGAGCUCAAGGAUGCCAAUGGCAGGCCUGAUUCGGUGGUGGCGAAAGAAGCCUGGGAGAACCAUAGGUUAAGAAAUGACUCUAUUAUUGUGGAUAUUUUCCAUGGCCUUUUCAAAUCCACCCUGGUCUGUCCAAAAUGCUCUAAAGUUUCUGUGACUUUUGACCCUUUCUGCUAUUUAACUCUUCCACUGCCCUUGAAGAAAGAUCGUUCCAUGGACGUUGUUUUGGUUUUUGCAGGCCUGCAUCAUAGACCUACCCAGUAUCGGGUAGUUGUGCCAAUGAUGGGGGCUGUAUCAGACCUGUGUGAAGCUCUUUCCAAACUCUCCAAGAUCCCUGCAGAAAAUAUGGUGGUGACAGAUGUUUAUAAUCACCGAUUCCACAAAAUUUUCCAAAUGGAUGAAGGGUUAAGUCACAUCAUGCCAAAAGACAACAUCUUUGUAUAUGAAGUUUGCAAGUCAAGCGAUGGUGCUGAGUGCAUCACUCUUUCUGUAUACUUCAGAGAAAAAAGAAUAAGACAGUCCAGCACUUCUUCAGGGACUGUUCUUUGUGGGCAGCCACUACUAAUCUCUGUGCCCAAACACAAGCUCACUCUGGAUCACUUGUACAAGGUUGUCUUGGAGCAGAUUGGCCACUACAUUAAAUUCCCUCUGACAAAAGAAUAUUCUAGUGUAUGCCUGGACAGUGGGAUCUGCAAUGGCUCCAGUGGUGGCUGCGAAGUUGAAGAGAUGGAACAUCAGGAUGGAGAUGAGGAGGGCAGGGAAAAAGCCUCAGAAACAGAUUCCUGCCAGUCAGAGGGUUGUGCACAUGAUUUGCUGGGGAAGGAAGGGCAGCAUCACAAGAAGCAUCUGUUCACCUUUAGCCUUGUGAACUCCUAUGGGACCUCUGAGAUAAACUCAAUUACGACAGAGGGGAAACUUCUAAAACUGAAUUCCUAUGCCACCCUUGCUAUUGACUUGGAUCCAGACACCCGGAAGCUGCUGUUUGAUGAACAAGAGUCACAGGCAUUUGAAAAGGAUGCAAGUAUGUUGCAGUCACAGAAGAAGAAAACUACUGUAGCUCUUAAAGACUGUAUAGAACUCUUUACUACAAUGGAAACGCUUGGUGAACAUGACCCUUGGUACUGCCCUAACUGCAAGAAGCAUCAGCAGGCCACAAAGAAGUUUGAUCUAUGGUCUUUGCCCAGGAUUUUGGUGGUGCAUUUAAAACGUUUCUCAUACAACAGAUACUGGAGGGAUAAACUUGACACUGUGGUUGAAUUCCCCAUCAGGGAUUUGAGUAUGUCUGAGUUUGUCUGUGACCCAACAGCUGAUCCGUAUGUGUAUGACCUCAUUGCAGUGUCCAAUCACUAUGGAGCCAUGGGAGUAGGCCACUAUACUGCAUAUGCAAAGAACAAAGUGAAUGGCAAAUGGUACUACUUUGAUGACAGCAGUGUAUCAAUGGCUUCUGAAGAUCAAAUAGUGACGAAAGCUGCAUAUGUGCUAUUCUAUCAGCGGCGGGACAGCAAGAAGCACGUAGCCCCAUCUCUUCCUGCAGAAAGUAAGCUGGCAUUGGAAGAGUGUGAUGGCAUGGAUACCAACUGAGCCCAGCCUGCUGCGCUCGGACUGCUCGGUAGUGUUCUCUGUUUGACGCCAUGUCUGGAGCAUCUGAUAGUUGCUGUUCUGCCUUCCGUAGGAUUCUCAAGCAGGAAAUCUAGUGUUGGGGGCUUAGUGCCUGGUGUUGUAAGAUAGCACUGGGGAGCCAAGAAUGAGCUGACGUGGGGUAUUUAGAGGCCAAAAAUUAUAUAUAUCAAAGCUUCAAUAAAAUUUUUGUAAAUCUGUCUGGACUGUGUGGCUGGGAGCUGGGGAAGGAGAGGCUUGGGCUGGGCUGAGUUGUGGGGCUGGAGCUGGGGCCUGGGGCAGAGAGGGUGGCUGCAGGGUGUUGCAGAGAUGACAGAGGUGUCAUUUGGGCAUGAAUGCUAUUCCUGUGGUGUGCCAGUUGCCAGCUCUGUGUGUAGCUGUCAGGCACAGUCCAGAUUUUCUCUGUCUAAUCUCAUCAGCCUUAGUGUCCGGAAUUCCUGCUAUGGCUCCAGCAGUGCCUCUUACACACUCCCCAGUCCAUGUGGCCACAGCUCCUGGUGUCGCUCUUCUUCUUUCUGCCUUUGCACCUUUUUUCCUGUGCUGAGCAGCUGGGUGCAUUUGCUCUGGUCCCUGGCUGCUGGUGACAUCUUUGACUAUUCUGGGCAGCUGAGCCAUGGGCCUUUCCCACAUUCAGACAUAUCAUUUUGGUCCCAAAAAAGCAGAAAAUUCAUUGGAAAUGAAAUGCAGCACCCCUGGCCACGUGGAGAGAGCUGUACUCUGAUUGCAAAAUAUACACACUCCUGUGUGUACGAUAGGAUUUCAGCUCUGGCUCCCACUCUUAGCACAAUCACAGGGUGAGGUCUUGGCCUUUGAGACCUAAAUUCAGCCAGGUCUUGUACUAUUAAUUCAUAUUUCACAGUCCUUUGUGCCAGUUCCCAUGGAAACCUGCUGAUGAUCCCUAGACUGACAACCCCCUGAUUGUUUGUCCCCACCCCCCACACCCCUGUGAAACCUUGGGGGUUCUGUGCACCAGUGAUCACAGCUUCCAUGUGAUCUCCACCUGCUGCUGUGUAGACGGCCUUACAUACCACCCUCCCAGAUGCUAAUCCUUCCCAGGAGCUGGCCCAGUCAGAAAGUGGCCUCGCUCCAGUCCAGCCCUCCCCGGUGCUAACUCUUCCCUCUCCCCAUUGCUGUCCACACUGGUUCCAUGCCAGUGCCACCCCAUACAGGCACUGCCAGCUGCCCAGGCCUCCCAUUUGUUUAUUUCCUAGAAGUUAAAAGGGAGGGAGGAAAGGCCCCGUGUGGGAAUGCAGUACAGGAUUAAAGCUGCAUUCGCUAGGUUUGCUGUAAAGGAGAAGGGAGCUGCUGUAUGCCCAGCCCUCUGGUUAGCAUUGCGCUGCUGCUCGGCAGAGCGGUUCUUUUAAAGCACUGAGGUUUGAGUUGUUUAGCUCAUAAUUGCUGAUGCUUCUGCUGUUUGGUUCUUGGUUUGUUUGGGUUUUUACACCUGGCUUAAGUGGAUAUUAUGUUUCUUUUCUUUCCCCCUCACUAGGGGCUAAGUUUGAACUGUAGCACUGCACUGGUUUUUUUGUUUAGCAUCUUUGAUUGUGGGUUUUCCACCCCCUUCAAGUAAAAAUUUGGGGAGACAGUGGGGAAAAAAAGUAAGAAAAGAUCCUGUUAAAAAUGAAGAACAAUAUAAUGUAACAAAUGUGCUUCCUUUUCUAUAUCGACACAAGAAACCUUGCCACUUUCCUUUGUAUGGUCAGACUGAAAAGGCAUCCAUCGGGCUGAAGGCUGAUUCUUGGAUGCUGAAUUGAAAUCUCUUCUAAUAUACUGCAGUAAAAAGGGUGACAGGAAUCUGGCCUUCUUCUCUGCCUGUCAGCUGAUUGGGUUCUGAUUGGUGUGUACAUUGUGUAUAAUGUCAAAUCUGUUUUUAGACUGGCACUUUGUAAGUGACUGACUUUAUUGUACAAAGAGGAAAUAAAGAAGAGUGGUUUGCACUGAA